ACGUCAUGUGAAUCGGUUCGCUGUGUCCGUGUCCGUGUGUACGCGCGCGCCCUUCUGUGCCAGUGCCUCUUGGGCCCGAAGGUGUUCCCUCGUAGAGAGACAGAGAGACCGUCGAUUCGAUCCGCGUCACCGCGACGACGAACCCGCUCCGGAAGUCGAAGAACCCGUCGUCGUCGUCGUCGUUUAACAAAACUUGUUCUUGGUUCGCAAGACGAGUUCUGCGUCACACACAACGCUCGAGCAGUGCGUUGAGAGUGGAGAGGGAGAGAUAGAGAGAAAACCUGUGUGUGUGUGUUUGUAUGUGUGUCAUGGGAUUAUGUGGCGACAACAACGUCCACGGCAACAUCUGCAACAACAACAACAACAAAAACAUCAGCCGGAAUAUGCCAGCUCCGCAAAGAUUGUGCAACGCAAGAACGAAUGAUUAAAUGCAACUUGUUCCGCAGCAGGAAGAGUGAAGAAUUUACCGUAGGAGCGCUGAUGUAGCGGAAUUUGUUAGAGCAAGAAGGGGAGAGAAAGUGCGAUAAAGGAAAAAAAUCAACAGAAGAAAAAACACAACAUAAAAAGCCAAAGAGGCAAGGUGUGUUUAAUUAUACCUGUUACAACGGUUAUAAAUUAUCGAAUAAUGUUGUUGCCAGCGCUGAUAAGCGUUCGGUUUAUUUUUGAAAACACUAAACAAGUGCUUAAGAAUGGUUAAAUGGUGUAAUUGCGACACGAGUGCGGUGUUCUAGUCAAUAGGAACACAGUUUGUUAGCGCAACGAGCGUCUCUGAAGUGGGAAAGAAGCGUUCCAAAGGGAGAUAAUACAAUUUGUCACCAUUGAAAUACAAAAUUAUAAAUCUGUUGUAUCUUGUGUUGUUAGAUUCUAAUGCGAACACAAUUUGUUAAUCAUAUAAUCAGUGAAACCUAAUCUGCAAACGAUACCGAAAGGAAGAAAUCGCUGCAAAAAGCUAAUCAACCAAUUUGAAUCAAUUUUUGUUAUCACAGCGAGUGCAAACCACUGCUAGAACACAACUUGUUAGCAACAAUCAGCUGUCAAAGCGCCGCCGCGAUAACGACCAAAGGAAGGUCAACCCCACAAACCACAAUCGUCAACCGCUGCGGUCAGUGUGUGUGUGUGUGUGAUAAGCCCGAAACCAAAGUGAAUUCCCACGGUACCAAAUUGUCUAGAACAAAGUUUGUUAUCGCGAAGCGAUUCUGUCACAAAAAAAGAAUAAUUCGACAAAAACGGAAAAGUUUCCCGCUUUACCAACAAAACGAGUGGAAUGUUACACAGCCCGUGCCGGUGCAUUAAAACCCGAAAUUACCCGAGGAAAAAGUGAGCCGGCCCCGAGGGAAAAAAGAGAGUCAAAAGAAAUAAAAAGUGUGCUAAGUGAUUUCAAAUCCGGAAAGGAAGACGCCGAAAGCCAGCCGAUAAAAGCCUGCACCGAAGAGGAAGCCUCCCCCCUGUGAGUGUGAUUAAUAAUAAUAAUAAUAUUAAAAAGUGGAAGGAAAGAAAUUUGUGUGCGUGUUUUGUGUAUCGACCCGGUUUUUGGGAGAGCAGGAAAAGUGAAUGAAAUAAGAGCAAAUAUUGAAUCGAGAAAUUUUCGUGCGCUUUUGGUGUGUGCCGCGUUUCGAAGAAGAGAAGGAAAAGCUACGGAAGAAGAAAACUGGAAGAAAAUUUAAGCCGAGAAGAAGAAGAAUCAGUGAAAAGUCCUUAGAUUAGAGCAAUCAGUGUUUAUUGUGGAAUCCCGAGCAGAAAUAGUGCAUGGAAAAUCAAAGCUCGUUAAAAAUCAAAUAAUUCAGUGUUGCCAAAUCAACGAAGAGGAAAAUUUCUCCGGCUGGAAGGUGUACAAAAAGUGCCUCAAAAUUUGGGAUUAUCUGGAAUCGUACUGUUCCUGCAAGUUUUCACCAAAAUAGGACUUGCUUAGUGGUAUGAAGUGCAUUAAGUGAGAGGUUAUCGGAGUUUUUAGUGAAAUAAUGAAGAGCCUAAUUUGUGUGAAGAAGACUACAUUUUUUUUGGGAAGAAGAAGCCAGCGAUUGAAAAUUUGUACUGGCCCAAUAUUUCAGGACUUUCCAACGUGUUAAAGUGAGUAAUCUCAACAAAAUAUCCUGCAUUCGAUCAUUGGUGAACAUAUGGUCCUGGAGUAAUCAUUUGGUAAAGGUGGCUGGCGUAUCAGCGACCACGGAGCGAUUAACGGCUCCCCCGGCGCCUCCCCAGGGCCACUCGCCCCUCCAGCUCUUAGAUGAGCCCCACAUGUCCAUUGCUGCGGCCGAAAAUGCAGGGCUUGGCCCAUGUGAACUUCCGCUGUCAGACCAGUGGCUCGUCCAUAGCCAGCUCACCUCCUCCCAGCAGUCGCAGUCCUCGCAGUCGCAGUCACAAUACUCGUCGUCGUCGCAAACAGCAGCAACGCAGCAGCAGCAACAUUCCAGCAGUGGCGGCAGUUCAGCAUCACAUCAGCAUCUGCAGCCGAAAAUAAUGAACGCGGUCGUCCCAGCCGUGUCGGUUCCGGCAGCCAGCAAAAAGAUUCGUAGAAAACCAGAUACCAAGCCCCAAUCGCAGAUCAACAAGUGCAACAACGAGAAACGGCGCCGCGAGCUGGAGAAUGAGUACAUCGAGCAGCUCGGUGAGUUCCUCCAGAUCAACAAGCGGGAUAUGACCGCUUGCAAGCCGGACAAAGCAGCGAUCCUUAGUGAAGUGGUGCGAACGUUUCGUCGCCUGCUGGAGCAGGGCAACCGUGACCUGACCACGGCCACCGGCAACCGGUGCUCCAAGUGUUCGCCCGACUGCAGCGACUCGUGCAAGCUGCACCCGGUUCAGCAGGGCGAAGUUUCCUCUACCGAACCACCCCUGCCGGAACCGUCCGUCAACGGGCACUCGCCGGAAAAGUCCGCCUACUUCGAGGCGGUCCAGUACUACAUCUCCAACAUUGGCUGGGCCCUGCUCGAGAUCAACUCGGACGGCGUGAUUGAAUGCGCCACCGAGAACGUUCGGGACGUGCUGCACUAUUCGCGCAACGAGCUCCACGGACAGAGCAUCUACUCGUACCUGCACACUGGCGACCACUCCAAGCUCAGUCCCAUCCUCAACAAAAACUCGUUCGAGCUAAACUGGGAUCAAGAUGAGAUGUUCUGCCAGUCCCCGAAGCGGACGAUCCGCACCAAGAUUCGGUGGCUGCUGAGGGCGCCCGACAGUGCCAACGAUACGAUCGAGCAGAAGCAGCAGCGGCAGGAAAAGUACAAGGACCUGCUGAUCAUUUCCGCCCAAGUCAAGGAUGACACCGACGCCGAGUCGUCGUCGGUGCUCUGUCUAAUCACACUACCGGAGGACGAGCUGAACCAGCAGCAGCACGGGCAGCUCGGCCAGUUGGGGCUGCCAGGAAGCGUAGGAGUAGGAGCGGGAGCGGGAGUAGGUGUGGCCGCGGCCAUCGAGCUGUCCAGCCUCACGAUGCCACAGACGCUGGACGAACAGCUGACGCUCAAGCUGGACAUGAACGGCGCCAUUAUAGACUUAGACGCAGCGACGCUGAGGAAGCAGUUCGCCGGGUACCUAACCAAAGAGGCCUUCCGGUCAAUCCACGAUCUCUGCCACUUCCAGGAUCGCGCCCGGCUCAACGAGCACCUCAACAAUGUGAUGAACGCGAACGGCACGGCCCAGGUCUCGUCGUACCGGUUGCGGCUCGGCGGCCCCGACGUGUACGUCCACGUGAAGGCCCAGACGAGAUUAUUCCGGAACAGCAAGGCGAACAACGAGCCGGACUUUAUUAUGGCGAUCCACACGAUCCUGACGGACAGCGAGGUGGCGAUGGUGGAGGCCGCCGGAGGGUUGAACAACCCGUCCUCAUCGUCGUCGUCGGGGUUGGCCAUUCCGAGCACGAGCACCGGCGGUGGUGGAAGUAGUAGUGGUGGCAGUGGCAACAGCAGUUCUUCCCGCCAGUUGCAGCAGAUCACGCAAGGGGUCAGCAACAUGGGAGGACCGUUGAUGUCCAGUAUAAUAAACGGUGGCGCCGGAGGCAACGGUGGUCCAGCCGGAGGUCUCCCAGGGGCCCUCUCGUCGGUAGUGUCCCCGCGGAGCAACCCAACGGCCUCGCUAAUCCCCCCCUCGGACAGUUCGAACUUCUUCAACUCGGACUUUGAGUUUGAGUUUCCACAUUCCACGUUCGACAUGGAGUCCGUCGGAGUUGGCUGGGACUCGCGACCUGACUCGCGGACCAGUGUCACCCCGGUGAGCACCCCGCGGCCACCCUCCGUCACGGCGUACAGUCCUGCGGCCGCGCCCAUGUGCCCUUCGCCGUUGACGCCGUACCACGCGGGCAGCGCCGGAGGGCAACCGUCCCCGUCGAACAACAACCAACAGGUCAACAACAACAAUAACAACAACAGCAUGACCAACAACAAUGCCGGUCCGUUCGGGAGCAACUUUCCGUUUCCGUUCGACGACAAGGAGAAAAUUCAGGAACAAAUUCACCAACAGCAGCAACAGCAGAACCAGCAACAACAGCAGCAGCAACAGAUGGCCUCACACGAUUCGGAACGAUUGCGAAAUCUACUGACAACCAAACGACCUCACUCAAAUGCCUCAUCCUCGUCCGGGCUGGACAUGGACCAUGACCACCGGAACCCGAACCGGAUCUUGAAGCUUCUCAACGAAAAGAGCGACGACGACGACCUGGAGGGCCGAAAUCGACCGAGCGAACUGCUCCGGCAGCUGCAGAAAGUGAAAGACGAACCCAAAGAGCACCCCGCCCCGCUCAACAACGAGGAGCUGAUCCAGAUGCUGCGAUUCCAGGGCAACGACCGCAAGCGACCCUCGAACGAGCCGGACGAGGGCGGGGCGGCCAAGCGGCCCUCCGACAAACCGUCCAAACUGUGCGAAAAGAACAAGAUGCUGGCGUCGCUGCUGGCAAACCCGGCCAAAGCGCCGACCCCGCUCCUGCCCGGCCAUCUGCCGCUGAACCGCAUCAUCCCGGACAUCCCGAUCUCGAACGUGGCCCGGCAGAUGGCCAGCGUGACGAGUUCGACGCCCCCCAACCAGCAGCAGCAGACCAUCAACAACAACAACCUGACCACCAGCAACAAUAAUCUGAAGCAAGUACAACAGAUGAACCAUCAGCUGCGGCUUCAGCAACAGCAGCAGCAGCAGCACCAACAGCAGUUGCGUAAAGCGCAAGCAAUGCCUUCACAAUCACAACAGCCACCUACUUCAUCCGAUAUCUACCUCAGCCAACACCAGCAGCAGCAGGCGCAACAGGCGCAAGUCCAAGCCCAGCAACAGGCACUGCUUCAGGCCCAUCUUGUGGCGGCGGCCCAGCAGCGCCAGCAAAACUUCUCCCCUGCCAUCCAAGACUCGGGCAUCGGGUCGGUGGGCAGCGGGACGUUCGCCACGCCCUCGUCCGCGACCAGCACCACCAGCACGCCCAUGCCCGAGUGGGACUCGGAGCUGAACGAAAUACUUAACCACGUGAUCGACAUCGCCCCCGAGGGGAACUUUGUCGACAGCGAACUCAAUAGUUUACUAGGCAUAAGUUCCAUCGAGUCAUCCACAUCCGCCACUCCCUCCCAAUCGAGCCAGCAGGACAUUCAGGAGAAGCUGGCGAUCAACGCGAUCCAAAAGUCGCUGAUGCAAAUCGAGAACGUCACCUCGCCAAUGCAGUACAGCGGCAGCCCGCCGGCCUACCCGAUGCACGGCGGUGGAAUGUCGGCCCCGGGCGGAUCUCCCGCCGGCGGUAGCCAACAAGCUCCGACGACCCCAAAUCCCAACUUCACCCCACCACCGGUGUACACACCCCGGGUGCGAAUGUCCAGCACCGGAUCCAGCGGAGGUGGUGGCGGUGGUUCCGGAGGUGGACCUUCCGGCGGCCAGAUGGGUAACGGAGCGCCCGGAGGAGGUCCGAACGCCCUCACCAUCCAGAAGCUGCAGAACCACCAGCAACAGCGCGAACGAAUCCACCAGGAACAGCAGCGGCAGCGACUUCUGCAGCAACAGAAGCAACAGCAGAUGGUCGUCCCCGUCAACGCCACGGCCAAUGCCGACAUGAACCUGGGCUUAACUCCAGGUAUGCAGAACAUCGAGUCGCUGCUGAACAACACGGUGGCGCCGAACGUGUCGCUGACGCGCGCCAACAGCGUCGUGCCGGACUCCCAGCUCAGUCCCGGGUUCUCGCCGAGCCAGUUGAUGCAGCAGCAGCUGAGUCCGAACCAGCGGACGCAGCUCAGCCCGCAGCAGACAGGUUUCCAGGGCAGUCCGUUCAACAACAACCCCGUGCAUCGGAUGUCCCCGCAGCAGGUGGGUGGAUUCCCGCAGCAGCAGCAGCAGCAGCCGGGAACGCCCGGUAGUCAGCAGUUGAGUCCACGGCAGCCGCCGUUCGCCAGUAAUCCGCAGGUGUCGCAGCCGAACGCGUUACAGCAGCAGCAGCAGCAGUGGCAGAACGCCAACGCAAGGUUAUCGAUUCAGCAGCAGAACCCCAUGCUCAAUGCACAGCUAUCGACGAUCCCCGGUUACAACCCAGCAGCGGCGGCCGCCGGCCGGCAGCAGUUUGUGGCGCCCCAGCGGCAGCGAUCGCUCAACUCGCCAGGAACGCCCCGGCAGGGCUCGUUCGGCGGCACGGUGGACGGCGGUGGGUUCCCGGGGCCUCCGAGCCCCUCCCAGCCCGGUCAGAACUUCAACAACCCCGCCGUUUUCGCCGCCGCCCAGCAGAUGAGGCUCCAGCGCCAGGGUAGCGUUCCGCCCCAGGCCACCCAGCAUCUGCCAGGAUCGCCACGUCCUUCGUACGGUGGACAUGGACCCGGUCCGGAUGCUAGUGGCUAUGGGAUGAUGUUCAGUCAGGCCGCCAUGCAGCAACACACGGCGGGCUCACCAGGCGAUUACUUCAAUCGCGUGCAAACUGGUGGUGCCAACGGUGGUGGUGGUGGUGGUGGCGGCGGCGGCGGCAGUAACGGUGGCCCCAACGCCGGUGGGUUAAACUCGUCGGAACUGGUCCGGCAGGAGCUGCGGGCGGUGGUCAGUGGGAGGGCCCAGAACGCGGCGGCCGCCGGCGGUGUUUGCGGAACGGGCGGCCUGCGAACACCGCAAAGUCCGAUCGGGAUGUCGCCCGGAAUGGUGGCCACGGCGCCCGGUGGCCCCGGUGGUGGCGGUAAUGUACAGGGACCUGGUAGUGCUAGUUCUGGCGGAGGAGGCGGUAGUGGAAUCGGUGGCAACGGGGACAGUAUGCAGACAUCACAGUUACCAGGUACGUCGUCGUCCUCGUCGUUGCUCCAUCCAGCGGGCGACAUGGAUCCGUCAAUGCUAUUCAAUUUUCACCUCACGCCGAAAGAACUGAUGGCCGGAGGAACGUUACUAGAUAGUAGUAAAUUGCUGGCGGCUAGCGACGACUCGUGGCCGGCCGAUGAAAACGUGAACCCGGUGGUCGUGAAGCGAAGUUCUUCGGAGGCAAUACGAGUCGGUGACCCGAAAAAUUCAUCCCUCCUUCUGCAAAAACUUCUGUCGGACUAAAGUGAUAAAGUUUGUGUUUGUUUCACUACGCCUACGUUUAUUAUUCGCUGCUGUGAACGGUACGCUGUUUCCAAUUAGGUCCGUUUUUUUUAUUUUCUUUGUUAACUUGUUUUUUUUCACGUUCUCUGAUUAUGUUACAAGAACAUAGCAAAAAGUUUUUUUUUUUUUCAAAAAUCUGUUGUGCGACGUUUGGAAUAAAAAAUAAAAUGAUGAAAAUCACAAAAAAAAAUUCACUUAAGUUGAACCCACUCUGUAAUGGAAAACAAAAAAAAAACAAAUGAUAUGAGAUGUGAUGUGAUGAGAUGUUAACUGUGUGUGGGUGUUUGAGGGGGUCCCCCCUUGUGUAAAUAAUAGUUAUUGUAAAAUGUGUAAUUUAUAGAGUAUAUACAGAAAGAGAGUAAACAGUUGAUUUAGGCUUAAGCAAAGAGAUAAACAAACAAAGGUAAAUUAAAAACAAAGUAAGGCAAAUAGAAAUACCUCUAACGUUAGUUCAAACUAAUACAAAACAAGAAAGUAAAAAACAAACGUGUUAAAGUUGAACAAAAAGUGUAUCUAAAUUAACCAAACAAACACAAACAACAACAUCAAAAGGGGAAACAUUCGAGUGACCAACAAGUGACGGAUCGAAGAAAAACGAAAAUUCAGCAAAAAACGAAACGAACGAUAAAACCAGAGUGACGUUUCGAAACCCAAAGACUUGCAAGCGAGCAAAACGAAAAACGACAACAAAAACAUCAUUAGACGAAAUAAAUUGAGUAAAAACACCCACGAAUCAUCGGUUUCGCAUUUAUAUAGAUGAGAGAAGAUAAGUGUUGCCAGCGCAGUAAUCAAUUUGUUACAUGUAAACAAACGCAAAAAAUCAUCAAAUGAAAAACAAACGAAGAAAAACUAAACAAAACCACUCAGAGAAAUUUGACAACAACCAGAAGUUGACAUAAGGGCACUAAGAGUAAAAAAUCUAACCUUUCAUCACAUUUCGUCAGUGUGUGUGUGUUUUCCCCCCACUUCUUUUGACACAUUUAAUAAGUAAACAAAAACAAUGCUGAGACGUCACCUGACAGCUGAAGUUUCAGCGAAGCGAAAGCUGCUGUCAAAUGACGACACAGCGAUCGAAACAGUCGGCGCCGGGUUUGAAUUCGAGAGAGGGAGAGAAGUAAACUGCAGAAGGAGAACAAGAGAGAGAAGGAGUAAGGAUAUACCGAAAAGGAACGUGUGCUGUGAUAAUUAUUUUCUUUUUUGGGAGAUCGCGACCUCAAUCGGUUAUCUGCAAAACAAAACAAAUAAACAAAAAAAAACAAUGGAAACAUCAAAUGAAACAAAAAGAAAAAAUCGUUGGACCUAGUCCAAGGCGAUGAGGAGAGCAAGGUGGGAAAUUGAGAUAGAACUGUAGGAGAAAAGAGAGGGAGAGGGUAAAUCAAUGCUAAGCUAGUUUUUUUAGAGGGUAAGUGAGAGCGCGAAAGAGAGAGCAAGGUGAAACUACGUAGGUACCUCUUAUCCAACACAUACACAAAACACACAAACACAUACAUGCAUAACAUUAUAAACACACUAUUUAUCAACAAAGAGAAGGAGAGAAAAAGUGAGAAAAGAUAAGGUUAGGUCAAUAAAAGGGUGUAAUUAUUUGUACAUUUUUUUUACGUUUUGUGAUGCUCUCAUAUAAAUAUAUAUAUAUUCAGCAAAAUGUUUUUUGGCUAUCCCCUGAAAUUCCGCGCGCGCAAAUCAGCAAGUCGACAAGAAUUCACCAUUAUAGUUUGUUUUCGAUCGCAUGUUUGUAAAUCUCGGAAAAUCGCCCCCGGAAUUGAAAAAACGGAAACAUAAAACACAAACACAACAUAUAAAUGCUUACGCUGCUUUAUUAAAAAUUAAAACUUGAAAAAAAAGAAUAAAAAAAAAGAUGUAUAUUUUGUAACAUGUAAAUUUGUGUAAAUUUUCUGGAAGCUGGUAAAGAAUUCUGAGUUGUUCUGUUAGGUGAGGCACAGCAAAAAAAAAGAAGAAAAGGUCAAAAUGGAGCAAAGAAAGGGACACAUACUAUUGAUACGAAUUACCAACACAACCUAUAAUUGAGCUACUAAUUUAAAAAAAAAACGGAAAGCAGCGUGUUUCUCUGUGUACAGACGCCGCCCCCAAGAGCAAGGAUUAAUUAUUCACACGUUUAUAUUUUUAAAUAAUGGAACCAUUAAUUCGGAAGCUUCCCCCUCCUUUUUGAUUUUAUAAUUAUGCUUAUACGAUACAUAUUAAUUUAAUUUUAUUAUUAUUGCUAUUUUUACAUUAUACAUUUACAUGUUGAGGUUAGUUAUAUUUUGUGUUUUAUGCAAAGAAAAGAUGGCGAAAUAUAUUAUUGUUAUAAUAUUAAUAAUAAAAGUAAAC